CAGCCUAUUUUAACCACGGAUUUUGAAUGGGGUUGAAAAAGGUUUUUAUUGUAGUUUCAAAAUGUUUUAUUAGAUUGUGAGUGUUUUGGUUUUGAUUUCGUGAAUUCCGAUUGAGUGGUCUUUUAGCCUAAGUACUCGGUUUAAACUACUCUGUUUGUUCGUGAGUAUUAAAGUGAAAGUUUGAUUUUAAUUGAUUUUAUUUGUGCAUCGAAGUCAAAUAAACGUGCAAUCGCUGCCCUGUACGCACAUGUCGCAAGGCUACACUUCCUUAACAUUGAAAGGGAAGCAUAUGACUCGAGAGAAAAUUGUCACCAUAAGCAUGUGAUGUGGGCCGUCUAAGAGUAGAGGCAUUGUAAAGUGCACAUGUAGUUUUUCUGUGCUUGAUCCUUGUGUAUAAUGCUGAUACUCCAGGGCUGUCAACUCUCACGCAUUUCGCCAAAUUCAUGUUGAUCACAAAUCUGUCGUGAGAAAUUCUGUGAAAACUGCACGGGCCGCGGGUGUUGGAGAGCCGGGGCUGAGGGAGGAGUGGAAAAAGAAACAGCGGCGGGGACAGAUGCGGACGGGGAGCCGAGGCUGUCGAGUGUUUGCCGGGCUGGCGAGUCGCUCGCUGCAGCUCCGGCCAUUGAGCAGCCUCAGAGCAAGAGUCCCGAGCAGUCGGAAGCGUUGCGCCGCUGCCGUGAGAGUCUCUGUGCCGAAUUCACCCAGGUGACCGGCAUGGAUCAGGCACCAUUGAGGACAACCAGUGGUUGUUGGAAUGCAUUAAUUUAAGGAAACAUUUAAAGGUUUUCUCAAUUUAAUUGAAAUAUCAACUUCAAAAUGAACCAUACUGAAUUGAGCAGUGAACUGAGCUAUAACGUCAGUCGCAGAGUUUUUAAUGAAGAAUAUUUCCAAGCUUACCUACAUAAGAAAAAAAAGCAGAAGCUAUCAAAAAGAGAAAGGUUUCUACAGUAUUUUCGUUGUUCAACCGUGAAAGCCAAGUCAACACUCUUCAGCUAUGUUCCCAUUCUGCAAUGGCUACCCAACUACCAAGUAAAGGAGUAUAUAUUAGGAGAUAUAGUAUCUGGAGUGAGCACUGGAGUGAUGCACCUACCUCAAGGCACAUUUGCAGUUAUAAGCUUAAUGAUUAGUGCAGUGUCAGUAAAACUUGUUCCAGAUGAUAUGUUUGUGCAUUCCUUGAAUGCAACGAAUAACUCCGACCCAUUCGCACAAAGAGAUGCAAUGAGAGUUAAAGUAGCAACGGCCACAGCUUUCUUAUCGGGAAUUGUGCAGCUCUGCCUCGGACUCUUACAUUUUGGAUUUGUCAUUGUUUACCUCUCAAAACCUUUAGUACGAGGUUUCACCACUGCUGCAGCUACACACGUCUUUGUCUCUCAGUUAAAGUAUUUUUUGGGCAUCAAAACUAAACGAUACAGUGGAGCGCUCUCAGUAAUUUAUACCUUUCUUGCUGUGUGUAAGAAUAUUAAGGAAGCUAAUAUAGCAACAAUAAUUGUUGGAGCAAUUUGCGUUGUCGUCCUGUUUGGAGUGAAAGAAGUGAAUGCCUGCUGCAAAGAUAGAUUUGUUGCUCCCAUUCCUGUGGAGCUUAUUGUGGUUGUUGUUGGCACUGGUGUUUCUGCUGGAAUUAACCUCGUUGGCAAUUAUCAAGUAGAUGUUGUUGGAUAUAUACCUUCCGGAUUGCGGACCCCUGUUCUACCUGACAUCGAUCUACUUUCUAAAAUACUUUCAGAUUCUAUUGCAAUUGCAUUAGUUGGAUUUUCUAUGACUGUAUCAAUGGGGAAGAUAUUUGCUCUGAAACAUGGUUAUACUGUGAAUGGGAAUCAGGAACUUAUUGCAUUGGGAAUCUGCAAUUUUAUUGGAUCCUUUUUCCAAACAUUUCCUGUCAGCACCUCGAUGUCCCGAAGCCUUGUGCAAGAGAGUACAGGAGGCAACACUCAGAUUGCUGGAGGAAUAUCUGCCUGCGUUGUGCUCCUGGUCAUUGUUUCCCUUGGUUAUCUCUUUGAACCUUUACCUCAGACUGUGUUGGCUGCAAUUGUGAUGGUGAACCUGAAAGGAAUAUUUAAACAGGUUAUGGAUAUACCAUUACUCUGGCGAACCAGCAAACAUGAACUUACAUUGUGGUUUGUAUCAUUUCUGGCCUCUCUUCUUUUGGGAUUGGACUAUGGACUCAUGGUUGCAGUGGGAUUUGCCAUUUUUGGAGUUGUUUUUAGAACACAAAGUCCUAAAUACAGGGUUCUUGGUCAGAUACCGAAUACAGAUAUCUACUGGGAUGUAGAAGCUUAUGAGGAGGUGCAGGAAAUCCCUGGGAUAAAGAUAUUUCAAUCAAAUUCCUCUCUGUACUUUGGCAAUAUUGACUUGUAUGUCAUUGCAUUGCAGGAAAAGAUUGAAAUAAAUCCAACUGCAAUAUUAUUGGAAAAGAAAACUCUUGAAAAGAAAAUGAAACAAAAGGCAAAGUUGUCAGAGGGAAAGAAGAAUGCUUUCCUAAAAUUGAGAAAAAGUGAAAAGAAGCAUGUAACUCAGAAUAAAGUGUCUGAAGACCAUCAAAAUGACGAGGCUGCAAAAGAAGUUUCAAAUAUGCAGAAUGCUGAGAUAUAUUUUGCUAGCACUGGAGCAAACAUGCCAGGGGAAAGCCUAGAUGAAGAACAAACAACAUUUGUCAAAACACCAUCUGACAUCCAUUCAUUAAUUCUGGACUUUAGUCCAGUCAAUUUUGUAGAUUCUGUUGGAAUAAACGGACUUAAAAUGAUGCUAAAGAAAUAUGCAGAAAUUGGAAUUAAUGUCUCCAUAUCUGGAUGUAAUGGGUCAGUAAUUGCAGAUCUGGAACGGCUGGAAUUCUUUGAUAGCUCAAUUACAAGAAGUCUUCUGUUUCACAGUGUACAUGAUGCUGUACUGUAUUGCCAACAUAAAGCUGCUUCUGAAUCACUUUAGAAGAGUCCUUUGCUGCAGCUUGCCAUCUUAAUGAAACGCAUUACUUGGAGCAGGCAUCAUCUCGUCACUUGAGAAAUCACCAUUCAACCAUAAUCACAGGAAUAUUACCCCAUUAAGACUAGCUUAUGCAUUUGUGACCAAUUUGAGUUUCAACUUCAAUAUGUUGUAGUUUUGGGAUGGAGACAUUUCAAUACUGGUAACUAAUUUUCUGAAGUUGUGUUCAUCUAUUUUGGAACUUUAAACCACUUGUUUCUCUAUUCAUCCUGAACUUUGCUCAUGCAUUGUUCAUUGCUCAACCUUCAAGAGACGUGCUUUCAUUCUAGCUGAGCCGAGCAGAAUAAAUAACCUCCUCGUAGAACAAAAGAUCUGCUCCCAUCUUCAUCCAUGCCUCUGUCAUCAUGUGGAGAGUCGAGUAGAACCAGCAUUCUCAAUGGUGCACACCAUGCCAGAGAGUGGCCUUUACUUUUAAUAGAGCUUACAACCAUGCAUAUAUUGAGUACUUAGCCAUUAUUGCUGUUGUUUUUCUUUGAAACAUUCAUCUUAAUCAUUAAGUGCAUUCUGCAAAAUAAUUCUUAAUACAAUUCUAGCCAGUCCUGUGAAUGUAAAAUAUAUUUAAUAUGUUUUUGUGGAAUUAUGUUACUAAUCUAAAUCUGGAAGAUUUAUCUCCUCACUCAUUUGUCUUAUCUAUCGCUCAUCAACUAUCAUAUUGUGCUGAGAGUUUGGCCCCUGGCUUCUGACUAUCCUGCUUUCCUUGUUCAUGUUCUACUGAAUUUCCCAUUUCUUCUUUAAAUCACUUUUUAUUUAGAGAUGCUGUCAUUGAAUUUAUUUUUGGGCAAGAGGCACAAGACCUAGUCUUACAAUUUAAGUGAGGUUGAAAUCAGUUGUAUUACAACUAUCUCGAUUAACAUCAGAUAGUUCACAUAAUGCUUUAAAGGUGGACAUUGUUUUCCAAUGUCACUGCCAAUUGCAAUUUUCACAAACUGCUCACAGGUGGCACUAAAUAUUAUUGUGAUAAUGUGAAUAUUUUUUUAAAUUAUGAAAUUUAGCAAAAUCUCUGAAUUUUGAUAGUUUAAUCAUCAAACCUGUUUUUCAUUACUCAGAAGUGACCAUUAUUUUUUGAUGGUGUUUGAAGGUCAAUUUUAUACUUUAUUAAUUUUCUACAACUUAGAGCAAUAUAAAUAUCACAAUACAAACUGUUAGACUGUUUUGGAUACAGGUACAAUGAAGAAUUAAAGGACAGUGGUGGAAAAGUGUGGGUGUUCUGUAUCGUGUUGUCAGGUGGCCAAAGCACAAAUAUUGUAAAUUUAGUUGUGUUAAAGCUGGUUUGCUUUCAGUACUUAUUCAUUGUACUAACAUAUCUUAAGUAAACUACUGUUUGUUCCCAGAUCUGUUCUACUGCACAUUGUAUGAAGGGAGCAAAACAUCCCGGCGCGAAUAACGCGUAUAUUCACCUGAUCGUAAUUACUCUGAGGCUUGGGAUGGCUUUGUUCUUUGAGAGGUUAUAUACAUUGCACUGCAUUGUUGGCAUAACAAUAAAUCUGUCACUCAAAAUAAGCACCUUUAUUUAUAUCAGUGAUUUCUUACGUAAAAUAUAAAAAUCUCAUUGUUUAAUGUUAAGUCUUUGAAACCUGUAAAUUUCAAAUAAAUCAUUGUACGGUUUUGUCACUUGUCAGACUAAGAAGGCUCAGAUAAAUCAGGAAUUUGACAAGAUGUUGACAUCUGACUGGCAGAUCUUUCUUCUCAAAAUGAAGGAAUCUAUUCCCUGGGGAUAUAGAAACAAUGUUGAAGGAUCACUAAGGGAAAAGUCCUUAAAAUUUAUAAUCUUGAAGGUUUUGCACAUUUCCAAUUUUGUUUUUCCUUGUUCCUAAGGUCCAACAAUAGUAGCUGUCUUGACUUUAAAUUUAUUUACCUAUCAUUGUAGUCAUUAUCUUUCAAAAAUAACAUUUCUGGCAUUUUUUUAACAUCCUAGAUAGCCUUCCAUACAAAUGAUCAGGUUUAACAUGGUUAGCUCUCGUGGUAUUUUGAUACAGUAGCCAUCAGAAUCCACCUGGAAUCGUGUAUCAGGUAUAAUUGUAAUUUGCCUUAAAAGUAGGUAUUAAAAAUUCACAACAAAGAUAUUGCUCUUUACUAGUUUUGGAGGUUUAUGACUCGCUCCAUUUUACCAGUUCUAGAACUGUUCUGUUUUAUGUUGUGCUCUGAUAACUGAACAUAUAAAAUAUAGAAUAAAUUGCUGAUACAAGAGCACAAGUUGAACUCCAAAGCUGCUAUUUGGAAUUUUGUAUCAAUCUAUUCUUGUGAAUUGAAAUGUAAAAGAGAAUUUCUUGAUUUGAAAAUGCAAUUUAUUGUUAUUUGUAAUGUAUUUUUAUACAAUAAAGAAACUAUUGCAAGUUA